AUGCUCCAGUCAUUUGGUAUUGCUAUGACCACUAUUACCACUGUUGAUUUAUGGUUCUUACCUAUACCACGAUAUCUGGCUGACUGGGGAGUAUUUGUUUAUCUGUUUAGAUGGAAGAGUUCCACAGGAUUUUCGCCUUAUUAUUCUUCACGGGGAUUUUUCUUCGGGAUUUUCCAUCUAAUCUUGGAAGGAUCUAAAUCAUAUACUGAACUAAUAUUUCGGCAGACAGAAUGCCAAUUACUUGGUUAUGCCUUUCAGUCUUAUGCUGUUCUUGCCUGCAUUUCACAUCUUGCCCCUUGUGUUGGAAUUUUUGAGGUUUUCGUUGAGUUCUGUACUUUGAGUACUGUCUGA